AAGAGUAUCCCUGUCUUACUUUUUCUGAACAAGUUCAGUCCUGUCUGCAUAACCUGUCCUGGGACUGAGAAGAAUUUACUAACUCUGAUUCCUCAGGCCUCUGCCCUUUUGGAAGAGAAGCAGAAAAUGACGAAGUCUCAGGGGUUAGUAUCAUUCAAGGAUGUGGCUGUGGAUUUCACCCAGGAGGAAUGGCAGCAACUGGAUCCUGCUCAGAGGACCCUGUACAGGGAUGUGAUGCUGGAGAACUACAGCCACCUGGUCUCAAUGGGGUAUCCAGUUUCCAAACCAGAUGUCAUCUCCAAGUUGGAACAAGGAGAAGAUCCAUGGAUCAUAAAGAAAGACAUAUCAAAUUGGAUUUAUCCAGAUGAAAAUCAGGCAGAUGGGAGACAAGGGAAGUGCAAUAUCAGUUUGUUUGUUUUUUUAAUUGAUUGAUUCCUGAGGCUUAUGUUUCUACCCAUAUUGAAAUCUCUUAUUCUUCUCUUGUGCUGAGCAUUUAGUAAGCAUUCAACAAGUAAUAUGUCAAGUAAUUGUGAGCCUUUCAGGGGAGAGAUAUUUCUGAUUGAGUCUUUUAACAUGUAUAUUUUUAAUGCUUUUUAUGAAAGGGACUUAAAGCCAAUAGAGGCAAGAGCCUGCAGCUAUAACUAUUCUGAAAGAUACAUUUAAGUAUUGAUUAGGCCAGAGAAGGUGAUGGUGAGCUGUUGUGGGAGAGAGUAUAUGAACAAAACCUUGGAGUUAGGAAUAAGUAUGGCUUUUUCUGGGAGAACUAUGCUAGUUUUACUUGAGAUGUAUAGAAGGUAGUUAUGGGGAGUAGUGGGGUUCAAGUUUGGUUUUAAGGUGUGAGUAUGGAUACUGAAUUCACUUGCCAUACCUUGGAUUUUUCUGUUUUUUUUUUUCUUUUUUGUUACUUAAGAAAGUAGACUAAGGAGAGUUAAAGUGUUUUGAGGACAGUGCUGACCUUUCUUUAGAUAGUGUUUCUUUAGACAGUAGUUAGGUAUGCAUAGCAAAUGUUUAUAAGAUAAAUGAGUUCAAAAGGUAAAAGUUUCUAAUUAGGAAGUAAGGAAAUGGGAAGAUCCUAAAAGAGAAAUCCAAGAUUAGAGUGAUAAGAACCCAGAUGCUUUUCUAUCUUCUUCAGUUGUAGUUUUUACACAAAUAUUUAUUUUUAGAAUCCUUGUCUAUCUGUUCACCUGAUCAUCCUAUAUUCUUCUAAGAAUGCUUGUCUCCAUUCCUGUUUUCUGAGUUCAUCGACUACUUUGGAUCAUCCAUUUGUUCUACUUCUUCUGCAUCCUGUUAACUAUUCCUUAUGACUGUUUGAUUUUAUCUUUCCUUCUUUUAGACAGGAAGAGUAGUCUUGAAACCCCCCAGCC